AUGAUCAAGACUCAAGGAGGGGAGACUAACCCACCGUCCCCCAAGACCUUCCUCCUCGGAAAGAUCAACGAUCAACCUCAACAACCAGGGACUGGGCAGAUCCUAACUAUCGACCUGGCCAACAAUUCUAUAAACCGAUCUAUCAUCCCCGACCUCCCUGAUCCUCCUUUACCCCGCGAAUCCACGAGUUCCAGCUCCCCCCAUCCCGAUCCCGACGACACCCCAUCCGCCCAUCUCGUCUCCGCAGUCUCCCAACCACCUCCGCCCGACACGACAUCCCGAACACGGAACCUUCGACGUCGUCGUCUACAAUCGAGUAGUCCUGAUAUCCCGCCUGCUGAACACGUAGGACUGGGAACAGCAACUUCGUCAUACACAGGAGAAGCAAGGGCUGCGGAAACCACGGCCCAGCAGGAACAGACCCAUCAAUCCGGCCAAGCCGACGGCCAUCCUCCUUCUCGCAAGCGCAGGCGCCUGCUCACCAUGCGUGCUGAUGGGUUAUCGAGCACAAAUGGCUUUUCACAGGUGUCCAAAGGGUCAACCUCUAGAAAAGCCAACGGCCAGGCCGCGUCUUCAAAUGGAGACUCUCAGUCUCAGUUGAAUGGCGGUGGGAAACCCCUCCCUAACCAAUCAUACUAUGGUCAUAAUCGUGAGGAAGUAACUCGGAUAUUGAUUCAGAGUUUGUACGAGUUGGGCUACGAUGGGUCGGCAUCUAUGUUGAGUCAAGAGAGCGGCUAUCAGCUGGAGACAUCGGGGGUUGCAACGUUUCGAAGUGCGGUAUUAGGAGGACGUUGGUCGGAGGCUGAAAAGAUUCUGAUUCAAUCAUUCCGGAAUGGGGUACAGGGUGGUCCAAAGCCUGUCUCCGAGGAGACACUUGUAUUGGCCGAGGACGCAAAUAAGAGCGAGAUGCUGUUCUAUUUGCGGCAACAAAAGUUCUUGGAGCUUCUUGAGGCACGCGAUCUAGGUGCAGCCCUUGGUGUGCUGCGGCAAGAACUGACACCGUUAAACUACGAUGUCGAUCGUCUGCAUGCUCUUUCCAGUCUACUCAUGUCCCCAACGGAAUUGUUACAUGACCAAGCAGGCUGGGAAGGUUCCACCAAAGUAUCUCGAGAACUUCUCCUAGGGAACUUAUCUAAAUCUAUCUCCCCAUCGGUUAUGAUCCCUCAGCACCGACUAGCUAUCUUGCUAGACCAUGUGAAGCAAAGCCAGAUCAACAACUGCUUAUAUCACAACACCGCUCAACCGCCAUCGCUCUAUUCGGACCAUCUCUGUGACCGAAAUGACUUCCCGCUAGACGUAGGCGUUGACCUUACCCAGCAUACAGAUGAGGUCUGGUACUGCGGUUUCUCUCACGAUGGCACCAAGUUAGUCACUGCAGGCAGUGACAAAAUGGUACUCAUCUACGAUACGACUGAUUUCUCGGUGAUCCAUAGAUUGCAUGAUCAUGGUAACGGAGUUGCAUUUGCGAGUUGGAGUCCCGACGAUACGAAGCUCAUCACAUGUUCCCAAGACAAGAAAGCCCGACUCUGGGAUGUCGAGACUGGGCGCUGCCUCAUUACCGUUGACCACCAUUCUGAACCUGUCACAUCUGCAGGCUGGGCUCCAGAUGGAGAAUCUUUUGUUACAUCCUCCUUUGACCCUACCUCUCAACUUUGCCACUGGAGUCUACGUGGCUCAUCUUUGCAUAUGUGGAAAGGUGGUUUCCGUGUACAAGAUUGUGCGAUCACUCCUGAUGGACGGAGACUGGUUGCAGCGGACACAGAUUCGAAAAUUCAUGUGUUUGAUUUCCAAACAUAUGAAGAAGAUUACUGUUUAUCGGUGUCUAGCAAACCAACUUCCAUCGCUAUCAGUCAGGACUCGAAACAUAUGCUUGUGAAUCUCAAAGAGGGCGAAAUCCAUCUAAUCGAUCUCGAGACCACUGCUGUGAUCAGGCGUUUCAAGGGCCACAAGCAAGGCGAAUAUGUUAUCCGCAGCACGUUUGGUGGAGCAGGCGAGAACUUCGUUGUUAGCGGCAGCGAUGAUUCCUGUGUCUACAUCUGGCAUAAGGAUAAUGGAUCUCUCGUCGAGACUCUUCACGGUCACGACAAGGGAUGUGUGAAUUCAAUAUCGUGGAAUCCAGCUGACCCCACAAUGUUUGCGUCGGCAGGUGAUGACCGCGCAUUGGUCUCGAGAUCGCAGUCGUCUUCGUACAACAAGUGGACCUAUCCAGAGCAGAGAUAUCUCCAAAAACGGCUUCCCACGCACAAGCGCACUAAGAACAACAUCCGCGUUUUAGCUCAAGCUCAAAUAACCACAAAUUGA